GGCGGCAGCAAUGGCGGCGGCGGGAACCGGCCUCGGUCCCGGGGUCGGUGCAGCCCCCGGCCCGGCGGCCGCGGCUCCGAAUGCAGCCUCGGCGGAAGAAGGGGACGCGAAGCCCGUGGUGGCGGCCGCUCCGGCCGGAGAGGGACCCUCCGCGGCGCCGGCGGCGGAGGCGGGGUCCGGGGAGGCCGCGGAGAGCGGGGACGCGAAUAUGGUUGAUGUGAGUGGUGGUUUGGAGACAGAAUCCGCUAAUGGAAAGGAUACCCUGGAAGGUUCCGGGGAUGCGACAGAGGCCAUGGAUACUCAGGCAGGCUCUGUGGAUGAGGAGAACAGUCGGCAGUUGGGAGAGGUAGAGCUCCAGUGUGGGAUAUGUACAAAGUGGUUCACGGCGGAAACCUUUGGCAUAGAUACCACGUCCUGCCUGCCGUUCAUGACCAACUACAGUUUUCAUUGCAACGUGUGCCAUCAUAGUGGGAAUACCUAUUUUCUGCGCAAGCAAGCAAACUUGAAGGAAAUGUGCCUUAGUGCUUUGGCCAACCUGACAUGGCAGUCUCGAACGCAGGAUGAGCAUCCAAAAACCAUGUUCUCCAAAGAUAAGGACAUCAUACCAUUUAUCGAUAAGUACUGGGAGUUCAUGACAACCAGACAGCGACCUGGAAAAAUGACAUGGCCAAAUAACAUUGUUAAAACAAUGAGUAAAGAGAGAGAUGUAUUCUUGGUCAAGGAGCACCCUGACCCUGGCAGUAAGGACCCAGAGGAAGAUUAUCCGAAAUUUGGACUCUUGGAUCAGGAUCUUAGUAACAUCGGUCCUGCUUAUGAUAACCAAAAGCAGAGCAGCGCCAUGUCUACCGGUGGAAAUCUAAAUGGUGGAGCCUCUCUGGGAGGGGGAAUUACCGCCGGGAGCAGUGGGAAAGGAAGAGGAGCGAAGCGCAAGCAGCAGGAUGGAGGGACCACAGGGACCACCAAGAAGGCUCGGAGUGACCCUUUGUUUUCUGCUCAGCGCCUGCCCCCGCAUGGUUACCCCUUGGAGCACCCAUUUAACAAGGACGGCUACCGGUACAUUCUAGCGGAGCCCGACCCCCACGCCCCUGAUCCGGAGAAGCUUGAGCUCGACUGCUGGGCAGGGAAACCUAUUCCUGGAGACCUCUACAGAGCCUGCUUAUAUGAACGGGUUUUGUUAGCCCUACAUGAUCGAGCUCCCCAGUUAAAGAUCUCUGAUGACCGGCUGACUGUGGUUGGAGAGAAGGGCUACUCCAUGGUCCGGGCUUCUCACGGGGUGCGGAAAGGCGCCUGGUACUUUGAGAUCACCGUGGACGAGAUGCCGCCCGACACUGCUGCCAGGCUGGGGUGGUCCCAGCCCUUAGGUAACCUUCAGGCUCCCUUAGGUUAUGAUAAAUUUAGCUAUUCUUGGCGGAGCAAAAAAGGGACCAAGUUUCACCAGUCUAUUGGCAAACACUACUCGUCGGGCUACGGGCAGGGAGAUGUCCUGGGGUUCUACAUCAAUCUUCCUGAGGACACCGAGACCGCGAGGUCACUGCCCGACACGUACAAAGACAAGGCGUUGAUAAAGUUCAAGAGUUACCUGUAUUUUGAGGAAAAAGACUUUGUGGAUAAAGCGGAGAAGAGCCUGAAACAGACUCCACAUAGUGAGAUAAUAUUCUAUAAAAAUGGCGUCAAUCAGGGCGUGGCCUACAAAGACAUCUUCGAAGGGGUGUACUUCCCCGCCAUCUCGCUGUACAAGAGCUGCACGGUUUCCAUUAACUUUGGACCAUGCUUCAAGUUUCCUCCAAAGGACCUCACUUGCCGCCCAAUGAGUGACAUGGGCUGGGGCGCCGUGGUGGAGCACACCCUGGCUGACGUCUUGUAUCACGUGGAGACGGAAGUGGACGGGAGGCGGAGUCCCCCCUGGGAACCCUGACCAGGACCCUCUCUCUCUUGUCUCUGCUG